AUGGAAGACGACGACGAAAUCCAGUCCCAGCCUUCCCCCGCACCCAACGGGCGGAUCGCCGUCACCGUCGCCGCCGCCCCACCGCCCUCUUCCAACUCCCUAACCCUCGCUCUCCCCAUCCAGAACCAGAAAACCCCCGGCUCCGGCGGCGGCCGAGAGGAUUGCUGGAGCGAAGGCGCCACCGCCGUCCUAAUCGAGGCGUGGGGCGAGAGGUACCUGGAGCUCAGCCGCGGGAAUCUCAAGCAGAAGCACUGGAAAGACGUCGCCGACAUUGUUAGCAGCCGCGAGGAUUACUCUAAAACCCCUAAAACCGACAUCCAGUGCAAAAACCGGAUCGACACCGUCAAGAAGAAGUACAAGGUCGAGAAGGCCAAGAUCGCCGCCGGCGCCGGCCCCAGCAAGUGGCGAUUCUACGACAAGCUCGAUGAAUUGAUCGGCCCCACCGCCAAGAUGAGCUCCGCCACUCCUCCGCCGCCGGAGUCCAGUAACCCCUAUCAAAGAGUUCCCAUGGGAAUCCCCGUCGGGAUUCGGUCCAAUUCCGCCCAAUUCCAGCUGCCGCCUAACCGCAAAAGGCCUGCUGUUGACUCCGAUGAUGACUCCGAACCGGAGAACUCAUCCAAUUCAUCUGAUGGCUUGCCUCCCGAGAGCUACAAGAGGCCGAGAGAAGCAAGAAUGGCGAACAAUGUGGGCUCAAUUAGGUCUGGAUUAAUGAAUAAGAAGAGUGAUGGGAGUGGGAACUCAAUGAAGGAGCUCACUCGGGCGAUCUUGAAAUUCGGGGAGGCGUACGAGCAAGCUGAGACUGCGAAACUGCAGCAGUUGGUGGAGAUGGAGAAGCAGAGGAUGAAGUUUGCAAAGGAGUUGGAGUUGCAGAGAAUGCAGUGCUUCAUGAAGACGCAGGUGGAGCUUUCGCAGCUCAAGAGGCGGGCCGGGAACAGCAAUAACCACCACCAUGGCCAUGGGAUCAUCGGCAAUAACAACGACCAACCCAACAAUAACAACAACAGUGAUAGCAGUAAUUGAGAAUGUGAGUAGAACAAGUAGGCUAUGUAUUUGUACAAGUAUAAUUGUUUGGUAUCUGAAUCUCCUUAGGUUGAGUUAUUACUUAUUUCCUCUGUCUGUAAUACUACCAUUGUCAUUGCCAUUGCUGCUGCACUGGGAAGAAAAAAGGCUGAAUCUUGUAUAGUUAGACUUAUUUUACUUCUCAUAUUUCAUGCUCUUGAUUCUUGUUUUCUGAGUAUAUUAGAGGUUGUUAGCUU